CUGACCCUGAUUACUUCGACGAGAAUUCCUAUGCUGACGAGAAUAGCUUGUGCUACAUUUUGUCAAAUCUCAAACCAUAUGUCUCAAACCUCAUCCACGAGUGAAAAUUGAUGUGUCAAUGAAUCUUUGAAAGUAAAAUUAAAAACGACUUUUCGCACUGAUUUCUCCGUUUAAAAAAAAUUUGAAAUUACCGUAAUGAGUUUACCGGCUCUACCACGUGUUUUGGUGUCAAGCAAUGAUGUUCCAGCUCCCGGUAUCGAUUUACUUCGUACAAAAUGUGAUGUUACUAUUAUACCAGCUGGUGUAAGUACUCGGGAACAGAUAUUGCAAGCUCUUCCUGGACAUGAUGCUGUAUUCCUCGCUAGCCAUCAUAUUGUCAACAGCGAAUUCCUCGAUAUCGCCGGGCCAAAUUUGAAAGUUGUGUCGACAAUGUCAGCCGGAUACGAUCAUUUAGACGUUCCAGAAAUUAAAAAGAGAAAAAUCAAAGUUGGGCACACACCGAUGGUACUAUCCGCUGCAGUGGCAGAAAUUGCGGUGCUCUUAAUGUUAUCCACAGCGAGACGCGCCCAUGAAGGUCGCAUGAAACUAGAAGAAGGUGAUACAAGAUCAGGACCACAAUGGCUGCUAGGACAAGAUUUACGAGAUUCCACAGUUGGCAUCUUUGGCUUAGGAAAUAUUGGCCAAGCAAUAGUUAAACGAUUAAUGGGAUUCGAAGUAGGGCGUUUUAUUUAUACCGGACAUUCGCGCAAAAAAGCAGGUGAUGAACUUGAGGCAACGUUUGUAUCUUUGGAUGAGCUUCUAAAACAGAGUGAUUUUAUCGUAAUCUCAGCUACUCUAAAUAACGAAACUCGAGGACUUUUUGAUGACAAUGUUUUUGAUAAGAUGAAGAAAACAGCAAUCUUAGUGAAUGUAUCUCGUGGUCAAAUUGUUAAUACUGAUUCACUUGUGAGAGCUCUUCGUAAUAAGAAGAUAUUCGCUGCCGGUUUAGACGUUACCGAACCGGAACCGCUACCGCCGGAACAUGAACUUUUAAAACUACCUAACGUCGCAAUUACGCCACAUGUGGGCAGCGCGACAAUCAAGACUCGCAACGAUAUGUCAAUAAUUGCGGCGCAAAACAUUCUCAAUGGGCUUGAGGAUAAGCCCUUGAUUUACCCUUUAUAGCAACUCACUUUUCUUAUAUAUUGUGCAUUUCUUACAUUGUAUUAAAAAAUAUUACUAGAACUGUAUGAUUGUUCAUUCAUGACGUAAUAAGAUCCUCUUUGAUUUUUCAAAUUACACAAAUAUAUUCACUUGACAAAUUCUAAUAUUAAUUUAAUUAUUUAUAAAAUUAAUUUAUUUUUUAAGUUCACUGUAUUUACCGAUUAAGGCUCUUGACUAGUCGCUGUAGCCAUAUUGGAUCAUGAUGUCAAAUGAGAAAUGAUACGUUGACGUUUCUUGCCUGCCAUUUCUAAAUAGAGAAUUUGAUUGCUUUUUGCGAAAAUUGGUUGUGACAACUAGUCAAAAACCUCGAUCCUUAAGUAGUCUCUGAAUAGGGUUAGAGCCGCUUUUUUUCUUUCUUUCUCCUAGAUGAAUUUCAAUUCUAAAAGGAGUUACAGUAAAAGAGGAAUUAAAUGAUUCAGUAUUUAGUCUUUUCAGGAGGCUCCAGAACCAUUGCUUCGUAACAAUUGAGUAAUUUUGUGUGUCUAUUUAAGGGUAUGCUGGAGUGACCAAAUUAUUGACAUUACAGUCGUAUAAAAAUCUGUGAAUUGAUGAAACGGAAUAAAAACUUCUUUUACAGGAUUAAAGUAGAUACAAAAUUAGAAGAGCCCAAUGCAGCACCUGUAAUUUGACGUCUACUUUAAUCCUAUAAAAAGAUUUUUCUAUUCUAUAAUGUCAAUAAUUUGAU